AUUCCUUAAUUGAACAGCAAGCGAUUGACCCACCAUUCCCCCAUUUCCCUGGAUUCUGUUUUUGGGCAUCUGUACCGACAGACAGCCGUGGAGAAGCGAAUUUCUGUCGUAGUUUUAAUUUGAUAUGAAAGAGGAGCUGACACUAUAAAGUAGCAGAUGAUCGAUGGCGGCGGGCUGGCAGUGGGAGAACGCGGCCGCCGGCUCCGCCGCUGGUCUCGCCACCGUCGCCUUCACUCAUCCGUUCGACGUCAUCCGCACCCGAUUCCAAGUGAACGACGGGAGAUUGUCGUACCUACCUACGUAUAGGAACACUCCUCACGCUCUUUUCACCAUCGCUCGCACCGAGGGUCUUAGAGGGCUGUAUGCUGGCUUUUACCCUGCUGUUCUUGGAUCAACUAUUUCAUGGGGUUUAUAUUUCUACUUCUACAGUAAAGCUAAGCAGCGAUAUCUGAGAAGCAGAGAGGAGCUGAGCCCUGGUCUUCAUCUUGCGUCAGCUGCUGAAGCUGGAGGAUUGGUCUGUUUUUGCACCAAUCCUAUUUGGCUGGUGAAAACAAGGUUGCAGCUUCAAACUCCUCAGCAAGCUCGUCCAUAUUCUGGUUUCCAUGAUGCUUUAAGAACCAUAUUAAAAGAAGAGGGAUGGAGAGCGCUCUACAAAGGGCUCGUGCCUGGUCUUUUUCUGCAGGUAACGCAUGGUGCUAUUCAGUUCACAGCGUAUGAGGAACUCCGGAAAAUGGCUAUCAACUAUAGGACUGAGGAAAACAAUUCUAACUUAGCUGAUAACUCAUUGGAUUCAUUUGAUUAUGCAAUGUUAGGUGCUUCUUCCAAAUUAGCUGCCAUUCUUUUGACGUAUCCGUGUCAGGUCAUUCGAGCUAGGUUGCAGCAACGUCCGUGCAUUCAGGGCAUUCCGAAAUACAUGGAUACCUGGCAUGUUAUGAAAGAAACUGCACGAUUUGAGGGUCCACGGGGAUUCUACAAGGGUAUCACUGCAAACAUGGUGAAAAACGCCCCUGCCGCUUCCAUUACGUUCAUCGUGUAUGAGAAUGUGCUGAAUAUGUUGAAACUGGCAAGGAGAAAAGAUGGAUAAUUUUAGUGUUGUUUUUAUUCUUUUUUCAUUCGUCUUUCCUGCCAGGGCGAUCACAUCUCGUUUUGUUAAGAGUGGUAGUGCCAUUGUAGAAUAAUGCUAAUUUUAUGGCAUCGCUAACGUAUAAAGCAAAUUAAAUGUUCUCUUUACUGAGCGCA